AUGCCACCUUUACUAACAUGGACAUAUUUCUUGGUUCUUUUUCUUCCGCAAAAUAUUUCUCCGAAAGCAAUUCGAAAUGGAACAGUUCCGGCUGAAGUUCAAGGUCCUGAGCAACAGGACGACUGGCUCCAGAAUCUUGCCAGUUGUUUCGAUGAUUUUGACCCUCUACCACAUAAUGUUGAUUACGAUAUACCUGCUCCUCUGUUGGCUACUAUGCAUCAGCAGGAACUGGGGUGCUAUUGUAUUCAUAUCGAUACGGACCUACGUCCUCAUGUUUCAGACCCAGUUCUUUUUAAUUCAACAACUGCCACCGGUGACGAAGAUUCUAUGCUUUGGGAAUCUAUUCUGUCUGACAUUCAACGUAUAAACCAAAUAUCAGAAGAUGAAGCCAACAAAAAUGUUUCGGAAGCAUAUUCGGCGGAAAUUACUGCUGGAAUAGUGCCUGAAAAAUUUGCUGGUGUAUCUAAUAUCCAGGCCAAAGAAAAAUUAACUUCCGGAUAUUCCUAUCCUUCAACUUCCCGCAGUGCGGAAAAUUUCUUUUUUCCAUCCGAAAUUCAGUCCACAAAUGAAGUCUUAGAAAACGAAAAAUUCAUGGCUAAUUCGGAAUUUAUUAGCAGCCAAUAUGCUGCCGAACUGCCGCAUACGAACUCAACGAAACCAAGUGCUGUUUUUCAAUCGCGCACCGAUCCGGUUCCUGGACCAAGCAACAGCACAAUUGAGCAUAAGGAGACAAACCCGAUGGAGCAGUUUGAUUCUGUCAAAUGUCAGUGUGGCUUUAUUGGAAGUAUACGUUGUCUGAAUUCGUUU